CCUCUCACCCACAUACUAUUGCUAUCGUUGUUAUUAUUGUUAUACAAUACAACAGCGUCGUUCGUAUCCAUAUUUUUGAUGAUCAUGAGUACUUACCUCGACAAUCCGAUAACGGAGAAGGUCUCAGAAGACAUGGAAGACGACACGUUGGUGUGUGGGGUCAGCUCAAUGCAGGGUUGGCGUGUCAGACAAGAAGAUGCUCACUUCAGUCUGCUAGACUUUGACGAGAACAUGUCGCUUUUUGGUGUAUUUGAUGGACACGGCGGUGCUGAAGUUGCUCGGUUGGCGGUUGAAGUUUUGCCUGGUAUGAUAAAAAACCAAUCAUUUAAUGUCGGUGAUUAUGAAAAUGCUCUGAAAAACGCGUACCUGRAUUUCGAUCUAUACUUGCGCUCCAAAACUGCUUUAGAUAGAAUGAAAAUUCUUGCGGAACAAGACGAUCCAGUUAAUGCAGGUGACGCCAAUGCAGACGAAAAAAUUGACAACAAUGACGUCAAAGAUGAUAGCGACAUAUACAAAAUGUAUGGCUUUUAUAGUGGUUGCACAGCAGUCGUAGCGUUAUUAGUAGACAAGAAAAAGCUGUAUGUGGCUAACAUAGGAGACUCCAGGUGUGUCGUUGCUGUUCACGGCACCAAAGCCGUUGAUAUGUCAAAAGACCAUAAGCCUAGGGACAAAUCAGAGUUAUUAAGAAUUCAUGCAGCUGGAGCAAGAGUUACGUUCGACGGACGAAUCAAUCGCGAUCUUAAUUUAUCCCGAGCUUUCGGUGAUCACAUGUACAAACAGAAUACUUUUCUUUUGGAAACAGAACAAGUUAUUAUCGCUCUACCCGACGUACAGGCCAGAGUGUUAAACGCAGAAGACGGCGAUUUUAUUGUAUUGGGAUGUGAUGGCAUAUGGGAUUCAUUAAGUAGCCAGUCUACUGUAGAUUUGAUAUCAAAUCAUAUCCAUGAAUCCGGCAUAAAGUUAUCGUCAGUUUGUGAAAAAUUACUCAAUAAAUGUUUCUCAGCWGAACGCCGUUCAAAAGGAGUCGAUAACAUGACAUGUAUCAUUGUGAAAUUAAAACAUAAGAAACAAAAGUCAGACCAAAAGGAUGGUGAUGUAAUCGCCUGCAAGCUUAAAGAGCUCGAAUUGCAUUCAUGA